GAUGGUGUCGCCCUUUUUACACCUUCCCGAAGCGGCGGCAUCCCGAAUAUAAACUACAUGUUCCAGGAUGCUUUAGGCGGCAGAUCUCUCGCGAAAGCCGCGAGGAGCCCCGGGCCCCGCCCCGCGCGCCUUCUUCCGCCUCCCUGUGGCGGCGUCUUGUUGUUGUGGAGGCCAAAAUGGCGGCUCAGGCGGCGGCAGCGGCUCAGGCGGCGGCGGCCCAGGCUGCGCAGGCCGAGGCGGCCGACUCGUGGUACCUGGCGCUUCUGGGCUUCGCUGAGCACUUCCGCACUUCCAGCCCGCCCAAAAUCCGCCUGUGCGUACACUGCCUGCAGGCCGUGUUCCCCUUCAAGCCGCCGCAGCGCAUUGAGGCCCGUACGCACCUGCAGCUGGGCUCCGUUCUCUACCACCACACCAAGAACAGCGAGCAGGCGCGCAGCCACCUGGAGAAGGCGUGGUUGAUAUCACAGCAAAUCCCACAGUUCGAAGAUGUUAAAUUUGAAGCAGCAAGUCUGUUGUCUGAGUUAUACUGUCAAGAGAAUUCCGUUGAUGCAGCAAAGCCGCUGCUGCGGAAGGCAAUCCAGAUCUCACAGCAGACCCCAUACUGGCACUGCCGUCUGCUCUUCCAGCUCGCUCAACUGCACACGCUUGAGAAGGACCUGGUGUCGGCCUGCGACCUCCUGGGUGUGGGGGCCGAGUACGCCCGGGUGGUGGGAUCCGAGUACACACGGGCGCUGUUCCUCCUCAGCAAGGGGAUGCUGCUGCUGAUGGAGCGCAAACUGCAGGAGGUGCACCCACUGCUGACCCUCUGUGGGCAGAUCGUGGAGAACUGGCAGGGGAACCCCAUCCAGAAAGAGUCGCUGCGUGUCUUCUUCCUGGUGCUCCAGGUCACCCACUAUCUGGAUGCCGGGCAGGUAAAGAGCGUGAAGCCGUGUCUGAAGCAGCUGCAGCAGUGUAUCCAGACCAUCUCCACACUGCACGACGAUGAGAUCCUGCCCAGCAACCCCGCCGACCUCUUCCACUGGCUGCCCAAGGAGCACAUGUGUGUGCUCGUCUACCUGGUGACUGUGAUGCACUCCAUGCAGGCAGGCUACCUGGAGAAGGCACAGAAGUACACGGACAAGGCUCUCAUGCAGCUGGAGAAGCUCAAGAUGCUGGACUGUAGCCCCAUCCUAUCGUCCUUCCAAGUAAUCCUGCUGGAGCACAUCAUCAUGUGCCGCCUCGUCACGGGUCACAAGGCCACGGCUCUUCAGGAGAUCUCCCAGGUCUGCCAGCUGUGCCAGCAGUCCCCCCGGCUCUUCUCCAACCACGCAGCACAGCUGCACACACUGCUGGGCCUGUACUGUGUCUCUGUCAACUGCAUGGACAACGCGGAAGCCCAGUUCACCACAGCCCUUCGGCUCACGAACCACCAGGAGCUGUGGGCCUUCAUCGUCACCAACCUGGCGAGUGUGUAUAUACGGGAAGGAAAUAGGCACCAAGAGGUACUCUACAGUCUGCUGGAGAGGAUCAACCCAGACCACAGCUUCCCUGUCAGCUCACACUGCCUCCGAGCGGCUGCCUUCUAUGUGCGCGGGCUCUUCUCCUUCUUCCAGGGACGCUACAAUGAGGCCAAGCGAUUUCUGCGGGAAACUCUGAAGAUGUCCAAUGCCGAGGACCUGAACCGGCUCACGGCCUGCUCUCUCGUGCUCCUGGGCCACAUCUUCUACGUGCUGGGAAACCAUAGAGAGAGUAACAACAUGGUGGUUCCUGCCAUGCAGCUGGCCAGCAAGAUCCCAGACAUGUCAGUACAGCUAUGGUCAUCAGCACUGCUGAGAGACCUGAAUAAAGCCUGUGGGAACGCCAUGGAUGCCCAUGAGGCCGCCCAGAUGCACCAGAACUUCUCGCAGCAGCUGCUUCAGGACCACAUUGAGGCCUGCAGCCUCCCCGAACACAACCUCAUCACGUGGACAGACGGUCCACCUCCCAUGCAGUUCCAGGCUCAGAAUGGACCCAACACCAGCCUGGCCAGCCUCCUGUGAGGCCCGGAUGGGGCCGUCCAGCUCCGCAGGGCCUGCGUGUCUCCGGCUUCCACCCAGACGGCACUCAAGCUUGCCCCCGAGGCAUGCUUCCUUCCUGACUGUCUCUAGAGCUUCCAAGUCCUGGGAAUGUGCGGGACCAGUCCCUGCCCUCCCAGGAGGGGUGAUGGCCGUUGCCACCUUGCACUGGGCCCCCAGUGCAGAGGCUCACAGGUGGCACUCAGGUGCCGUCUCUCCAGAGCCACCCUUCAGAGUGGACCUCAGUGCCUCAGUGCUGCCUCUGCAUCUGGGUCAUGUUGGCCUUGAGCAGGGUGCAGGCCCCUGGCAGAUCCUGAUCCUGUGUGCCAGGGCGGGUGGUGCCCCAGGGGCACCGUGCCUGAUUCCAUCGCCCAGGUCUUGAUGCCGAGCAGGUGGAGUGUUUCCUCUGCUCAAGGCAGUUUCCAGAGCGCGGAUGCCAGUUUCUGGCCUGAAUUUGGAGGGAAGAAGUGAUGGUCCGCGUGCAGGAUGAAGCACAGAUCCCAGCACUUUUCCCAGCUUUCUCUCCAGCGUAGGUCCCUGCAGCAGCUGGGGCCUUUGGUCAGGAACCCUCAGGGACCCAGGAACUCAGCUUCCAAACAUCUGCACCUUGACUGGACUCGCCAUCCCACCAUGGGGGGUGCAGGUGAUCGUAAACAUGGGUGUGCGUGUGUGUGCACACGGGUGUGCAGUGAAGAUCCAUGGAGCUGGAGCUGGGAGCUGAGGCUCCUGUUGCACCAGCCACCUUCCCCCGUCCUUUGGCUGCUGAGGGGCAGGAAGUAGGGGAUUGGCUCCUCUCCCAAAUUUAAGAUCAGCUCCUCAGCUAGCUUAGGGUGCAUGGCAUGGCCCCACCCCCAGAUCUGGAACAUGGGACUUUGUUCCUGGCAGAUCUGUGGCCUUCCCUGCAGAGGACAUCUGUGGGCAGUGGCUCAGCCUCCUGGUCCCCUACCGUCCCUGUUUCCCCUGCCAGGUCUCUGGGGCACAGUGUGCAAACCCCCUCCCUAGCUGGGCCCCAGGGAACUUCUGCUGGGUCCAGAGAGCAGGGUUUUAUCCACUUUUAGAUAAUCAGGAGGUCACAAUGUGGCAUUGGGAGGUGGGGUCAGGGGUUAAGACAUUAGUAGCAGGCAUCAGGGCUCAAGACACCACCUCCUCCAGCUUCUGGAGCACGGGAGCCUUUCCCUGCAGCAGGGGGUGGGGGUCCUGCUCACCAGAGUAGGUGGUGGUUUCAGGUCUUGUUACCCUCACUCUGUGGAGCUGCCUCUGGGAGCUUCCGCGUCUGCGAUUGAAGGGACGCUGGAUUGCUUGGGUCAGCUGCUCAGGAUCCCCAGGCUGGGCGUGCCUUAGCCAAAGGCAGGGCUGUCAAUAACCCUUCCUCACUGGCUACCACCUGCAGCCAGGCUGACAUCAGCACCAGUGAUAGGCUGGUCAGAGGGAUGGGGAUGGACUACCACCAUCUCUGGGUCACCAGCGGGAGAGCCUGGCCCUGUCUGUGCUACCCAGUGCUGCCUCCAGGCCCAUGAGGCCAGUAGGAGAGCAUGUGGCACUGGCCCACAAGCUGUCCCUGUCCUGACUUCCAAGCCAUGGCCUCUGCCGGCUCCACCUGAAGGAGCCUCCCAGGUCCUCCCCUUCAUCACUGAGAUGCCACCAACUGUGUCUCCACAAUAUGCUCCUGCCCACCUGGGCCCCGCAUUGUCCGACCCCUGCACACCACACUCACGUCACCACAGUGUGCAUCAUGUUCGUCCCCAUCUAUUUAUUUAAGCCUUUCUUUGCUUGUAGGGCAUUUUGUAUGUAGAGCAGUUGAAAACAGAACCUCAGAACUUAACAUCUGCCCUGAUGUUAAAGUGCUUUUCAUGACCACCCUGUUAUCUAUGUAUAUGUAAAGUUAAGGAGGAGAUCUUAAGUUUACAAUUAAAAACUCAGUACUCGGUAUUUAA